AAAUAAAUGAGUGAAACUGGAACAGCAACAUUUUGAAAUUCAGUCUUCACAGAGUUCACACCCCGCACAGGUGUUUGAUCAUUAGACUAGUUCAGUUAAGCAUGUGGUUUACAGCAAUCCAAAACUACUUUCUGACAGUCCAAAAGGUCUGGAGAUUUUCAUCAUGAGCUGAAGAACAAACAUAAAUAAAGAUAAAAUGUAAUUUAGAUAAGACACAAGAUGUUUGUUUCACUAGUUAAAACCAGCUGCAACAGUAAAAUGUUGCCGACACAUAAACAUAUGAAUAAUAAAGAUUUAGUAAUAUAAUUUAAUAUUAUAUCUAACAGUAUAACACUCACAGGGGAACUUGUCUUUUGCAGGUCUUUUGUUUAUAAUAUAUUCUGAUAUUGCACUUGCUGCCGCGGUGCAAAGUUGUCUCGUCGUCUCCUAGCGACGCUUAUCCUUCUAGCUUAUUGUCAUGUAUUUAUUAUAUUUUAAAAUGUGUAGUAGUCAUUUGCUGCCUGAGUUUCUCCUUCAGGCAGCAGUUGAGUUGAGUUCAGGUUGGUGCAGGUUUGUAGCACUCACCACCUAAAGCUAAACUCUUUCACACUAUUUGGGGGUGUAAUGCUUUCUAUUACAUGCUUAUAUUGCUUUAUAUGGCUGGCAGUUAGUUUGGUUACGUGAAAGUAUGGAAGCUUUCGUCAGUGUCAGACUUUGAAUUUACGUCUGCCAUACAAAUAUUGCCCUGGUUCACCUUCACUUCUCUUGAAGCCUGAAGAGCAGAUGAAUCCAAGCCUGCAUGUUGCAAACCUCCAGCUGCUCUGCUCAAGCUGCUCUGCUGGACUACACAGGUCAAAUGUCACCCGUAUCAACUUUGAUAUUAAUAUAAGAACAUAAAUACAAUUGACAGUAAGAUCUUAUCUGUUUGAGUCAUGUGGUUUCUUUAUCUUCACAUUGUUGGGGAUUUUCAUAAUGAAACAUUAACUGUGUUAAACAGUUUCUCUUUCACUUUUGGGAGCCUUAAAUACGCCCGAGUAUGAAACAGUUGGUACAAAGUGGAAUUGUUGCCUCAUGCUCUCGCACAGCAACGAACGACGAACCUGAACGUUUCAUCAGACUUUUGUAAUUUCUCAACACAACUCCAAGUGACACUCUAAAGCAGUAGACCUGCCGACCUCUCAGUGUGAUCUCAACAUGGACGUUGCCGACAAGCUCAUAACUAAAAUCUUCUCCUGGGUGGAGCUACAGAAGAAAGGUGCACAGAAGUUGAAGAAACUGGCCACUGAGCUUGAGGAAACUAGGAAGAAUGUUAACGUCAGUAAGGUUGUUGGGAGCUCAGUGUCUGUAGGUGGUGCAGCAGCACUGACAGCAGCAGGUGCAUUAACCUUCUUUACCGCAGGGUUAGCAGCACCUCUUCUAGUUGUAGGAGCAGUAGCAACAGGGGCUGGUUUGGUUACUAAUGUGGGUGCUGAUAUUGUAGAUGUUGUGGUAUCAGGCUUCACCAUGAAAGAGGCUGAAGAAAUUGCAGAGACGAUCCAGAAUCUGGAAGAGGGAAUCCAGAAACUCAUGAAGACAUUGGCAGAAGAAGGGAAGAAGAGAGAACAACAGGCUCGGGCCUACGGAGAUAUUACUCCAGAAAAUUAUGUCGUGGAGAAGAUUCUAAGGGCAAUAGCAAAAUGCAAUGGACUGGAAGUGAAUGAUAAGAUCAGUUUGCACAAAAUGGUAUCUCAUUGGAUCAAAACAAAGAACUUUGAGACAAACGUAGCUUUGAUUAUUCUCAGCAGGGCAGCACAGGGUCUUGCCCUGCUUGGAAAACUUCUCAUAGAAGAAAUCGCAGAGGAGAUUUUCAUAGAAACUGCUAAAAAAACAGGAAAAAAAGUGAUUUCAAAGGGAGUCUCCAAAGGCGCCACUUCUACAGCAGCUAAAGGUGCUUCUAAAGCAGCUGCUUCCAUGGCACCAAAAGUAGCAGCGAAGGCAGUUGGACGUAUUGCAGGAGGAGCAGUUGGACUUGCGAUUUCGAUUCCUGAGCUGGUCAUCAACUGUAAAAACCUGGACAACUGUGAGACAGAAGCCAGUCAGAGUCUGAGAGAGAACGCUGAAGCCAUACAGAAGGCCUCUGAAGAGUUUAAAAAAAGCCUUGAUGAGUUCCAGAAUACGUUAAGGAGAUUAGCCAGGGUGAAACUCUGCAUUGAAAACACCAAGAGGAGCUCGGAUCAAAGGAAAGAAUUGAUAGAGUUUGCAAUGGAAAAAUGUCAGGAUGAAACCGUUCGACAAUGGCUGAGAGAGAAUUCAGAGUCGGAGGCUUUCUUCAGUCUCGUCGACAUGUUUCAUUUAGUGGAAGAAAAGCUUGAUGAGGAAGAAAAGAAGAACCACAGCAACAUUGUUGACAUCACCUUUUUGGCUCAUGGAUCAAUCACAGGCUCCAUGAUCCCAGCCAGCUGUCUGCUGCCUCUGCCCUCCAUCACAGACGUGGUCCUGUAUUCUCCCUGGAACUGUUAUCUCACUGCUGAUGCAGCGUACGAUGUUGCUACAGGACUCAUGAAACCUCAGCACAGAGAUUUUCUCUGUAGCAAAAACAACGGCUGUCAAAUCCCUAAUGAGAAACAUCGUCCCACCAACCUGCCAGACAACUGGAACUCAAUGAAGAAAGCUGUUGACAGAAAUCAAAAGGUCCCCAACAUCAUGCUUAGUCCUGUAGGACAAACAGGGGAUGGUGCAUGGAAGAGAUUUGAGUUUCUCAUAAAUAAUCAUGGCCAACCAGGGAGAAACCGCAUCAUCAUCCCGUACAUCCUCCCAGAGAAGUGGAGCUCUGAUUCUCCAAAACGUGUCCCAUUCUCCGUCGUCUCCUUGGCCCUGUCUCUGGUGCUUGUUUUGUCCAGGUUCACAGCCGUCCUCCAUCUCACGGCCUGUCUGGGUAAAUCAUCUGCUCGACAGACGUUCGACAGAGAGUAUCUGGAGACGCAGUAUUCCUGCACCAUCGACCACACAACAAUGACAUCCUCAUGUCCAGUAACACACAGAGAUAGAAGAUUGCUAGACAUUGUGAAAUAUAUGUUUGGUUAAACAUGUUGAUUAUAGGAGACAUAGGUAGACGAGGAGGAGCACAGUGUGUGUGAGGCAGAGGGAGUGGUUCAGGUGGGAGUAGGUGUGUGUAUAAAGGUGUGCACUUACCAGGUGCUCAGAUGAAUGAGAGAGUCACGGUUGGGUAGUAGCCAUAAUUUUUGUUGAUCACAAACGCUGAACUCUACCCAUUUAUCCAUUAAUCUCACUUUUGUAUCUGUUUAAUCUGUUAUUAUCAUUUUUUCAUACAUCCUCGCUACGCUGUGAUAGCUCUGUACUCCUUUUACGCAAUAAAUGCAACAAAAGUAUUUUGGAUCUCAGCGUAUCUUGCUUCAUACCUUCCUGGCGCGUCACAGAACUAUGAACCUGAGGACCCAACCUCAUACUCUCAGCGGCUCAUAGAAUUAUAGCCGCUACAUUGAUAUUUACUUACAGGAAAAGUAACUUUAAAAGGAUUGUGAUUAUCACUAAACUCUCUCUGCACACACACACAUAAACUACAGUUUCCCCUCUGUAGAUUACACAAUCAGAAAUUACAAACUAGUAACUAGCAGUCAACUCUUCACAGACACAUAUCUGAGAAAAAUAUUCAACUCUGUGCAAGUCAGUCGCUGUUUUGUGAUUUUGAAAUAUAAUAUUAUCUAAUAACUAAAUCUCAUUCGUUGACCAAGUACCAUCAGCUGUACAGUCGUAUAGUAAAUAGCUGCAACAUAUUCUCUCCCACCGUUGCCAAGUCGUUAUUUUCAUCCUGCUGAUUGUCGGACAUUAAAUUUAACCUGUAGUUAGUGAUAUAGUCAAUAAACAUCUGUAUCUGAACUCUGUUGUUGUCGUGUUGUGUCCUUUCAGAGACUGGAGAUCUAUUGAAUCAAGAAGUUACAGCUUCUGAUCAGACUGAUCAUAUUAACCAAUAAAAUAAUUCAGUAAAUUAUUUUCUCUUCAGAGGAUGGUGCCCACAAUUAAUGACGAUUUUAAUUAUAAAAUUGGGUUCUUGGUACGUGACAUCUAUUUUAUGUUCUUUGUAUUGUCUUUUAAAAAUCUCACUCUCAGUACUCAUCAAUAAACUGUGAUAAAAACAUAUAUUAU